UCAAUUCUGUCAGAAAAACCACGUGGAUAAAAUGGCGGCGACCAUAGAUCUCCGAACUUUGGUAAACUUCUUCUGUCUUCUACCGAUUACUUUUCCAGAGAAAUUGGGAGGAAGUUUACCUGACUUUGAAUUCGAUUUUGAUGCCCUUCCGGGAACUCAGCAUGAAUUCAAAAUAGUUGUGAAAGCGGGUAAAGAAGAAUGUUUCGUUCAGAAAGUGGCACAGGGCGCUAACUUGCACAUACAAUUUGAGGUGUUACGGGGAGGAGACAGGUCCAUCAACGUGGUGUUGAUUGAUCCCAACUACCAAGUCAUCCAGCAUCUCCCUUACCAGACGGACGGCAAGAUCGACCACGUGGCCGUCAUGUUCGGUGCUUAUCAAGUUUGUUUCGACAACACUGCCAGUAGGUUUGCUGAGAAGUUAGUCUACAUUUACCUGGUAACAUACGUCCCGGAGGAAUGGUCCAAGUAUCUCCAGGAGAUCCAGAGUGUGAGCGCUUCCGUCCAGAACUUCACGGGUGCGUUAGCAGGAGUGCAGUCCUCGAUAGAGAAGGUCAAAAUCCACCAAUCAGAGAGCCGGAUGAACGUCAUCAUGGACUGGUACCUCCUGACCGGAAACAACAAAUACAUCGUGUACUGGUCCAUCUUUCAAAUAUGUGUUAUCGUCUGUACAGCCGUUUUUCAAAUCUUUUGUUUGAGGAGAUUAUUUAGAGUGCCAAAUAUAACACCGACAUCAAAACCAAGAGCUUGAUAUAUAUAUAUAUAUACUUUUAAAACCAUCAUUCUUUCUACCAUGUUCAAAUCAUUUAGUGCAUUAAUAAAUAUAUGUGUCAUGCGUAUUUAUUUCAAUUUUCAUUAAAAUGAC